AUGGGAGCAAAGCGUUGCAUUGAGCUAGGCGUGUACACGGGCUACUCCUCCCUCUCGGUGGCGCUGGCACUCCCCCCAGACGGUCUCCUGGUGGCGUGUGAGAGGGUGCCGCACACGUUUGCAGUGGCGCAGCGAUUCUAUGAGAAGGCAGGCGUGAGGCACAAGGUGGAUCCGCGGCUGGGCCUGGCAAAGGACACGCUGCAGCAGCUGCUGGAGGAAGGGCAGGCAGGCAGCUUUGACUUUGCGUUUCUAGAUGCGGACAAGCGGAUGUAUCGAGAGUACUAUGAGCUGCUGCUCACCCUGUUGAGGCCAGGGGGUCUCCUGGUGGUUGACAACGUUCUGUGGCAUGGCCAGCUAGCUGAUCCUCAGGUGACUGACCGUAAGACUGAAUACCUCAGGGCAUUCAACAAAUUCAUUCGUGAUGAUCCUCGCAUCCAUCAUAGCAUUGUGCCUGUUGGAGAUGGCGUGGCAUUAUUAACCGCACUCCCGUUUCUGCCAUGGGAUUCGCUGCGGCGGGCUCGAUUGCCGCGACAAGACCGUCCCUUGUCCUCCGAUGCCGCAAUUCUCGCAGCUAUUGUGCCGUCAGCGCAGGACGCGGAGGUGGUUACCAGUGGAGAAAACGACAAAGGCGCCCGCCCGGCGGGAGCUACAGCGCGCGCCGCUGAAAAAGAGGGGAUAGAGGAGAGGGGAAGUGUGGAAGGGACAGUGACAAUGGCAGCGAAGGAGGUACGGGAAGGCGGGGAAGGUAGAGAGCACGGCGAAGGAGUGGACGGGGCGGGAGGAGGAGCUGAGAGGGAUGAUCUGAGGGCUAAGCGCAGGAACAGACGAGCAGAGAAAAAAACAAGAAAGGCGCAGUCAACGGAGUCAACGGGGUCAAUUGAGUCAACGGAGUCACUUCCGAGGCACGUGUCCGAGUGGCGCACGCGACCACUCGUUCCGCACGGCGCGUCCCAAUGGCCGCAGAUCCAAUCCCUGGCCGCCACGUCAGCAGGCGCCAGCUUGUCAAUCGACGCGAUUUUCGCCGCCCUUGGCCUUCCGCCACUCGCGGACGGCCAUCCGCUCCUCCCGGUGCGCGUUCGGCAGCACGUGAACCCCUUAAAGACGUCUCUAAUGGCGCCGCCGCCGCCCGUGGACUGGGCGGAAGUGUAUGAGGACCCGUCGCUGCCUCUGGUGGUGGACAUUGGGUCGGCGAGUGGGCGGCUGGUUUUGGCGCUUGCUGUGAGGGACUGGAAGUGGCGUGAGCAGCAGCGAGGGGGGGAGGGGUGGGGAAAGGAGGAGAGGGAAAAGGCGGACGCAUCAGAUGCUAAGGUUGGUGCACCACCAUCAGCAUCAUCAACAUCAUCAGCACCCCCGCCACUGCCACCGUCGUUUCUCCCAUCCCCCCCGCUCAACUUCCUCGGGUUCGAAAUCCGCGACAAGCUCGUGCAGCGCACCGACACGUGGCGCCGCCAGCUGGCGCUGCGCAACGCGCACUUCGUCGUCGCCAACGCCACGUCAGCGCUCGAAUCCGUGCUGGCAACUUACCCGGGACCUUUAGUGGCCGUUUCGAUCCUCUGCCCGGACCCACAUUUCAAGAAGAAGCACAGGAAGAGGCGGGUGGUGCAGCAGGGACUGGUCGAGGCGAUUGGGCGGGUGAUGGUGCCAGGUGGACACGUGUUUGUGGAGUCUGACGUGGAAGAGGUGGCUGCUGACAUGUACCGGCAGUUUGCGGACGACCUUGUUGCAGCAGGAGGAGCGGGCGAGGGGGAGGAAGGAGAGGAAAUAGUGUGGCAGGAGCGGGCAGGUGUGGGGUGCGCAGGGGAGGGGAGCGCAGGGGAAGGGAGUGCAGGGGAUGGGAGUGCACUGGAAGGGAGUGCAGGAGAGGCCAUAAGGUGGUUGGGUCACAACCCUCUGGGAAUGCCGAGUGAGAGGGAGGUGGUGGUGCUGCUGCAGGGUUCACCCAUGUACCGCGCUCUCUUUGUGAAGCAGUAG